CAAUCUUAUGUUUGGGCUGCGCGCGACUUAGCAGUUGGCUUAUAAAGUCAGUGAAAAAUGCGGCUAAGUUGGCUAUUGUUGCGCAGGUGGUAUUGAAAGUGCGUUCCUGUCAUAGCGGACGUUUAUUCUCUCUUAUUUGAGAAAGUUGCAUUAUCCUGAACUCAUUUUAGAGGGCUGCACGCGAGUUCAUCAUGAAUAUGCACUUUGAAGGGUCCAGUAACGUCACCCUGUUGUUUGAUUUCUGGAGCGUGCAUGGGCCUGCAGGAAUGGUGCUGUCAGUCUUUGUUGUUCUCCUGCUCACCGUGUUCUAUGAGCUUCUAAAAGUAUGGAAGAUUAACAUCGGAAAACAGACACAAUCCCCCAUUACACAUCCUGCUGCCCCAGUGUCAUUCUCUGCUGAUCAGGCCUGCUUUGCUCCUGUCAUGGGGUGUAAAAGGGGAAGCUCCGCUCUGGCCAGCAGCCCCUCUGAGAUCUCAUUAGCUCCCACUGAGAGUACCAGUGCCACUGCUGGCACCGCAUCCACUGCUAAGAGCUGGCUUCUGCACAGCCUACAGACCGCCAUACACGUCCUGCAGGUGACACUAGGCUACAUGCUCAUGCUCUGCGUCAUGUCCUACAACAUAUGGAUCUUUCUGGGAGUCAUCGUGGGCUCUGUCCUGGGAUACUUCCUGGCUUUCCCACUCCUGAAUCACAUUUGAGGAGUAGGGAUGAAGGAACGGAAAACUAAAUACAACAGCCCGAAAAGCUUGUGAUCUUAAUUCACUGAAAACUGUUUAGAUUUUUUUUUUUUUCAUGGUGCCAGGUGUGUGAACCCACAAGCAGUGUGGUUAUUGUUUUGAACAAUAAGAGAUGCAAGAUUUUUUUUGCUUGAACACAGAUUGAUGUAUAUAUUUUUUUUAACAGAAUUUUUAAGAAAAUGUUUAAGAGCUUGCAAGAAAUCACGUUUUAAUGAAGACUGGGGUUGACCAACAUGGCAAAAGAAUGUGAUAACUGGCAGGGACAGUGUUUGUUACAUUUUAACCUCAUUGAGAGCAUCUAUAGUGCCUGAACUUAAUGUUUUGUAGCCUGUCAGAAUGGUGUUAUGUGGUGCUGAGCACAUGACCAAUCCAAAUGGUCUGUUUCAGGACUGUAAUAAAUAUUAAUGUGCCCUAUUGAAAGGUUUUUCACAUUCUACAACUACUGAUUAAGCUAAUUUCCUGUUUUUACACAAAAUACAUUGUGCAAGAUUUGCUAAAUUAAACUUAACUGGUGGUUUUAUUUUUAGGAAAUUACACUAGUUUUUAAACCUUGUGAUGGUAUGUAGUAUAAUUCCAUCAUGAGUCAAGAUCAGGCUUAAUUGUGUUAUACUGGAAAUUACAGCUCAAGGGGGAACAGAAAUCAUUGGUUGAAAAGGAGAUAAAAAUCAUCUGGCCUUACUUAAUGUUCACCAGCAACAGAGACGUUGAAACAGAGCAAAAAGUUGGAAUGUGAGAUAUUAAACUGUGCAUUCAUUUGUUUGGAGAAAAUUAGUGCAAUUCUGUAGAAAAUCUACAAUCCUCACCACUUUUAUUUAAAUGCACUAUUCCUCAAGGCACUUUUUUUUUUUCUUUCUCACUUUUUGGGCUCCAUGGUUUGUGCAAUUCAUUACUCAUUUAAAAAAAAUGAGAUUUGUCUUUGUGGAAUGUUUAAAAAUAGGAUUACACCUUAUUUCUAAAUCGAAUAAACUGUUGAAACAUG